UUUCAUUCUGUUUCGUUUCUCGGCCACGUCAUGUCAGCGAUAAUACGUGAAUUGAAACUCGAAGAUUUCGAGGAGCUAAAAUCUUUCCUACGCGAUCGUUACCUCAUCGAUGAACCACUUUGGCAACCCCAUCCAGACGGGCAACUCCAGAAUAUGGCGGAUCCAAGAAGGAGGAAUAUCGCCGCAACCUCAUAAGUCAGGGAACCUCAUUGGUGGCCCUCGAAGACGGUCACAUUGUGGGCGUCGCAUUGGCUGGCGCUUUGUAUCCCAGCGAUGUGGAAGAACAUGGCGUGGAAAGUGAACAAAUGUCAACAAACACCAUAUUGAGUAAGGUCGUGCGCUUUCUGGCCGAAGUUGAGAGACAAGCAAAGGUCUUUGAGCAUUACGAUGUUCCCAAGGCGAUUUAUCUGAAUAUUCUCGGCGUGGACUCGUCAGUGCGUCGUCAGGGAUUGGGACGCCGUCUUGUUGCCGCUGUUAUGGAAGUGGGUCGCUCUAAGGGAUUCCCCCUCCUGGUUACCACAUGCACUAGCCUUUAUUCUGCCCGUGUGAUGACUGCCUUGGGUAUGGAGUGUUUGUACUCUAAAGCCUAUGCCGACUACAAGGAUGAGGAUGGCAAUGUGGUGCUCCAGCCACAGGCACCGCACACAGAGGCCUGUGUUAUGGCAAUCAGACUAUAAUUAUAAGAUCUACUUGUAUUCAAUAUUCGAGUGACUGUUUUUGAUCUGUUUUGUAUUAAGUACUAUUUUGUGAAAACUUACCAAGUUUAAUAAUCACUUAAAUACGUUUGUAGUAACCGUCAAUUUACAAUUAUAUUAGUAAGCAAUGUAGAAAUUGUCAUACGAGACAAACAAUACGUUUGUAAUUGAAUUAGUUGUAAACAAUAAAAGAAAAAUAACUCACAAUAGCACCGACCAUAAAAAUGAGAAAUUAUGAGCUAUCGAUAGACUUCAUAUCGAUAGUAAGCGACUUAGUGGUGAGAUUUAUUUCAGAAUAACGAUAUGAACUUAUCGAAAG